UAACCCAGCUGUGUGACUCCUGGGCUGCAGUAACACAGUAACAUAUACCCUGCACACACACAUACAGAGCAUCCUCGCAACUCUGUAUCCCAUAUCUCACUUCCAUCCUGCUCAGCUGUCCCCGAGCCUCAUCCACUCACCCAUUCACACACACACACGACACGCUCACCUUAUUACUUCAUCCAAAUCUCCACAUCCCCCAGAGGAAGAGACACACAGGUCCGUAACAACACACGCGACACUUGCACCCCAAUCACACGCACACACACCUCUCCUCGCAGUCUGCAGCAUGGCUACACCAACUCAAAGAAGCGAGAAAGCCAGCAUAUAUGGAGAGGAAGACCCUUUUAUAUACGAUUAUGACACACUUCGGAUGACCGGACUUAUUCUUGCCAUUGUCAUGUUCGUUUUGGGUAUCGUCAUCGCUCUGAGUAAUAAAUUUAAAUGCAAACAGAAGAAUGCAAAUGGAUCUCAAUCUGAUGGGAGACAACCACAUCAAACCCAAACCUCUGCAGGAAGCGUAUAGUUGUUUGAUGUCUGUCCCUUGAUUUGUGCGACUGGAUCCUGCCUCUGGACCCCUGUGAAGAAACGAGGGGAAGGGAUGCAAAGGAAUUCCCACCACCCCACUCUCCACACCAAUACCCUCAGAUAGCGUGUUCAAUGCAUGCCUGAUUUAUCCCUGCGUGACCCCCAUCCCCAACAUACACACAGAGCUUCCACAUCUAAUCCCAAAGAACUGACUUAGAAACGCAUUUCUUAUUCCCAAAAACACCCAAAACCAGGACAGGUAUAAUGAGACAGAAACUGAGAGAUGUCGGGUAAAUUCAUUGGCAGGUGGGAAGCUGAGAGACACGAUCACAUGGCUAUAAUGAGAACCUUUCCAGAUCCAAAGCAUUACUCUAGUAUGGAAAGGUCUACUGGCAUAGAUAAACAUGUUCCCAAAACACACGUCCAAAAAAGCGCACUGUUUAUAAUAAUGAAAAGGUGAAUCAAGCCUAGCACAAAACGUUAACCUCAAGUGGCCCACUGGUCUUCACUAAAUGUCAUCUAGUGAAGGUUUUUAGGCUUUUCGUCAUUCCAGAAAAAUCCACAAAGACAAGAAGAUCUUCAUUCUGCUAUUCCAUCUACUGUAGUUAGGGAAUCCAUUCUGGAUAUCAUUGUCACAUACUUGUCUAUCUUCAUCUUAGUCUAUAGCUGGGCCAAAACCAAGCCAUACCACCUUCCAUCAUUCAGUCUCAAUGAACCUAGAGAAGCCUCAAAAACAUGGUGCAAGUGGUGAGCACAGAUGUGUGAUCUGUUUAGAGGAACAUCUUGCACCAUUGUUGGUCGGCAAAUCUACUGAUUCCAAGGACCAUCUUCCAUAUUAACUCUACAAGUCUCUCUUUAACUGAAUGGGGGGUAAAAGUUGGGGGUUGAGUGGACUCUGGGAACACGCCCCUUUUAAGUUUUUGUAUAUAGCAUGUGACAGAUGUAUAAGAUAUAUAUAGAAAUUAUAUAUAUUAAUAUAUGGCUGUAAGAGGACAGAUCUCUAAUAUAUGCGCAUGGAUGCGUUUUUUUGCUCUUUCUCCUGUGACGCGCCAAUAAAGAUAUUUCUGUAGCUCCCGUUUGAUGUUUCCCAGGCGAGCAUUUACAUUAUUGUAGCCGUGCUAUUACACACAGUGUGUGAGAUUGUACAUGAACACACAUUAUU